UUUCAACAUGCCCCCGACCCCAGAACGGCGGCCUAGUAGCGAGUACGGCACUUGCGCCGCGUGCGAGAACGCCGCGGCACACGACAAGUUGAUGCAGCUGUCGCAGCCAUGGAAUCCCUUCCGUCGACCCACAUGGCAGUCUGCCAUCGUGACAACUGUCGGCGCGUUCAUCAUCUUUCUCGCCAACCAACUCACGACGCUGCUCGUGGGAUUCUAUCCUCUCUAUGCUCAACAGUCAUUGGGGGCGUCCGAGUUUCAGGUCUCGGCGCUUUUCUCCGUCUACCCCCUGUGCAUCAUGGUGGCGUGUCCAUCUGGCUCCUUCCUCGCCACCCGACUAGGUCGCAACGCCGUCAUCUGUCUUGGACUCUUUGUCAGUGGUCUCUCAACCAUUUGGUUUGCCUACUGCGAUAACGUCAACCUACUUGUGGCGCUUCGCGGGAUUCAAGGAUUCGGUGCAGGCAUGUCCAUUGUCGGCAGCGUCUCCAUGAUCACGGAGCAAGCCACAAUGACCGUCACGAAUGCCAUCAGCAUCACGGAACUGGUCGUGGCGGUGGCAUUCGUCACGGCCCCUGCCAUCGGCAGCGUCCUGUACGGCUGGGGUGGCGUCUCGUUGCCUUUCUUGGCGUCUGGCGUCGCCCAGCUCGCGUGUCUCAUGAUCAUCCCGUCGCUCUUUGUCGAGUACGGCCUCCCCGACGGCCUGCUCUUCGAAGUCGCUCGGCCGGGCGCCGAACCCACGGUGCCCCUCCGCUUCCUCGACGUCCUCACGCCCACCUCCGUCGUGUGUCUUGUGGUGACGACGGUGGCCAUGGGUGGCUUCGGGCUCGUGGACCCCACGCUAGGCACGCACUUGCAGCACUCCCUCGGCGCCCAACACACUGCCAUCGGCAUCGGAUUCAGCGUGUCCGCGCUGCUAUAUGUAGCCGGCGAUCACGCGUUCGCGUACCUCACGAUGCAGUGCGGGUGCAAACCUGUCAUCCUACUGGGGCUCACGUGCCUCAGCAUCAGCUUCAUGUGCCUCGGUGUACCGUCCCUGGCCGGCGUCCAUGACUCGACCACAGCGUUAUGGAGUCUUGACGGCAUUGCGCUCGUUCUCUUCGGCUCCGGCACGGCCCUGGCCAUUGCACCCGGUGUGCCGCUGUCACUGACGAGUUUGGAGCAAGUCAACUUUACCGAGGCGCGGUCACUGCUAAUCGGUCUAUUUGGCGGCGCCGUCUACUUUGGACAGGCUGUGGGGCCGUGGCUUGCAUGGAGUCUAAGCCAAGUCGUGCCGCGGACCAAUGGGUCCCCCCUCCCCUGGGUGUUUACCCUCUACGGUCUAGUCCUGGGUGUAGUGUGGGCGUACGUGUUCACUUGCCUUCCAAGCGGCGAUGAAAUCCAAGCCAAAGCCUACAGUCGCACGUUUAGCCUGCAACGCCAAGUGUCCGAGUACGGCCAAUUCGUAUCGAUCGACGACGAGGAAGACGAGGAAGACGAGGGGGACAGCGACACCCACUUGCUGGCUUUUGAGACCGGGAGCUAUGGCUCCAUGUCCCCUCCAAAGCCGUUCUGACCUUGAGCCACACAUAUAUUAACUUACAAACAAGAGUGACCCCCCCCCUCGUGUGCA